AUGCAAGCCUUUCUAAAGAGUUCGGAGGGAUGUUUUCAGCUGAAACCGCACACGACGACGAUAGGCAGGCACGAAGGGUCCGACAUCGUCCUGCAGUCCGCAGGUGUAGCAGAUCGUCACGCAGCCCUCGAAUUCGCCGCCUCGGACAACAGCUUCGUCCUUCAGGACUUCAACUCCCCCCACGGCACUUUCGUCAACGGCUGCCAGGUCCAAAACGCGGCCGUGAAAGUGAGUCCGGGGGAUAUCCUGCGCUUCGGCUCGGGGGGAGCAUCCUUCCAGCUGGUGGUGGGCGCUGCUGCCCAGUGGCAGCAUCCCCCCGGAUCUCCCGACGGCUGGGCUCCUGGAGCAGCUGGCCACGUGCCCCAUCCGCCGCUGCGGAAGCGACCCGUGAGUGCCUGGGCUAGGAGCAUGGCCACCGCCGUCCCGCCGGACGCUUUCAGUAGGACCUCCGCGGUGAGGCCAGUCUCGACCAGCGUCUCGGGCGAUGGUGCGAGCGGUGUGGGGGGAGCCCCUUCCCUGGGGACUCACGACGCGGAUUCCUUCCCGCAGGAGAAGGUGAUGCCGGGGAAGGGUGAAAAGCUGCUGCGACUGGAGAAGGAAAUCGGUCGCCUUUCUGGUUUGGAAACAGAAUCAAAGCAGAAAGAUGCAGUGAUAAGAGAUCUGCAGGACGAGAUUGCAGCGAUGGCAAAGACCCUGGCUCAGGCGGCGGCGAGGAACGAGGUAGAGCUGACCCAGAAGCUGCUCACGUUCGACCGAGAGCUGGGAGCCAAAACGGAGGAGAUCAAAGCCUUGAGGGAACAGAUCAGCAACCUACAGAAAGGCUCGAGCCAGGUUUUCAGCCAUUCCCUCUACGAAAGAGACCUGGAGAUUGGAAGGCUGCGAAAAGAAAGCGAGAAGUUGAAGAGGGACCAUGCUUUGGCUGCAGGUCUAGUGACCAGCCUGCAAAGGGAGAUUGCCGGCAAGGAGCAGAAAAUGCAGCAACUCAAGCAAGACGUUGAAAAAAUAAAGAAGGAAAACAGAGAAAAGGACAAUCAGCUAGCAGUCGUGUCUGCCAAGUGCUCUAGAAUUAAAGAAGAAAUGAAGCGUGAACUUGGAGAGCGAGAAGUAAUUGCAUGCCGAAAUCGCAUCGGGGAGCUGGAACGUGACCUGGAGGGGCUGCAGGGGGAAGUCCAGAAGUAUUGCGCCGAGCAGGAGAGCAUCCGAAACCAGCUGGCCGAGAAAGCCAAGGCUGAGGAGGAGCUGAAAGAAGCCUGUGCCAGGCAAGCUCUGCAGCUGCAGGAGAUGGGGCGCAGGGAGCGCCUGCUGACAGCCGACGUGGGGCGGGCCAAGGAGCAGGAGGAAAUAGGAACCAGCCAUCGGAAAUCCCCGCUGGAGCGCGGGGUGGAGAAGCUGCCUAGCUCGCUGGAGUCCUUCAAAACCCAAGUGAUGCGAGUCUGUUCUCCCGCAGCAGCAGGCGUUGCAGGGAAAGCCGUAACGGAGCAGCAGGUGAUAGAGAAGGUCAGGCAGAUCUCUGACGAGAAUCAACAAAGUCAUGAGAGAGAGAAGCGUCUGCAGGAGGAAUUAAGCUCCAGGCUCUUGAAGGAAAAGGAGGUGUCUGCAAACGUUGAGGUGUUCAAGAAAUCCCUGCAGGAGCUCCAGGCUUGCCUGAGGAGCUCCUGCAGCAGCGACAGCCUGCGAGGGGAGCUGGGGAGGCUGGAGGCAGUGUCCCUGGACCCCUCCAUCUCGGUCAUCGGGGCGGCGGUGGUGGAAAUGGCGCGUGUCCCCCUGUCCUGGCUGGAGGGUGCGGAGCGGCUCCUGGCCAACGUAGGGGUGGACAUGAGCGCCUCCGGCAAAGGGUUGUUGGCUGCUCUCGAGAGAUUGUUGGAAAACAGUCAGGAAACUGCACAGAGGAAUCGGAUGUUACAGGCCCAAUUAGAGAGGGUCCGGGAGUCGCAGGCAGCUUUGCUGCAGGAGCACGUGAAGGAGCUGGAAGCAAAAUACGAGCAAGACCUACAGAUAAAAAUCAAGCAAAUUAUAUUGGAAAAGGACAAGGAGAACAAAGAGAUUCUGGAGAGCGCUGUCGCCAAGGAGAGGGACAAGUGCAAGCAAUCCAUGGAAGAAGAAGAAAAGAAGAUCCGAGACCUGGAGAGCCACCUGAGAAGCAUGACUGAGAUGGCGUUACAGCAGCAGGUACUCAUGCGAGACGAGCAGCUCAAGACCCUUCAGGAGGAGAAUGAGUUACAGAGGCAGAAACUGCAGGAAGAAAUAGUGGAAUAUAAAGAGCAAAGCAAGCAGCAUUCUCUGACAAUUGUGGCUUUAGAGGACAGGUUGCUGGAGGCCAAGCAGCAGCAGAAGACACUGGAGGAGGAAAAUGCAGCGCUCGUGGAAAAAAUGGAAGGGUUUCGGGGUGAUGCCCGCAAGGCGACAUCGGGAGCUUGGCUGGAGGUUUCUCCUGCCACGGACUCGCACAGUUGUCUGAGGAAAUUCAGGGAGGAGCUGGCGGCGGCGCAGAGCGUGCUCCUGUCCAAGGAGGCCGUCAUCGCCGGACUAACCAAGGAGCUCGCGGAAACCAGGGCCAGGAUGUCGGACAUGAGAGGGGAGCUGAGCGAGGAGCAGAAGGUGGAACUGGAGCGGAACCUGCGCCGGGUGAAAUGCCAAGAGCGGGAACUGAACCUGCUCAGAGAGAAGUUAUCCCAGAUGUCCAGCCUCGCGGAGAAGAAGGAUCAAGCCCUGAAAGCAGCAGCUCAAGAGUUAAGGCAAGCCCAAGCCGACUGUCAGGCGCUGAAGGAUGCCUCCCGAGAAACGGCGGAAAAGCCGGAGGAUGCUCCUGGGACGCCAGUGCAGGCGGGUGAAGCCUCCGAAAGGCGAUGGGGAAGGAAGCGCAAAGCGCGGGAGGUGCAGCCCAGCCAAAGCUGCGGUUCAGGAGCAAACCACGUCUCGCCGAGCAGCGCCGAGGGGGCUUAUGUCCUCACCGGAGUGCGGCUGGUGCAGCGGAGCAUGAAAAGAGGGUCUCUGACGCUGCUCUUCUACCUCACAAAUCCACAGAGAGAGCGUGUAGGAUGCAGUCUGGGCGAGAACCGGCUGGGCUGCUUCUUCCAGGAGCCGGCGUUGGACUUGGCCGACCUCGGCGCAAAAUGCCGAGGCCUCAGGCACGAGGAAACGAUCCAGCGCCAAAAAGAAGGCUUGGCCGAGCUCCGGGAGAGAAUAAAGAUGCUGGAGAAGAGGCAGUCCUCAGCUGUCGUGAACAAGGGUUCGGAGCCGCUGGUGGUCCUGACGAAAGACUUACCAGAGAAAAUAGUCCAGAAAACAGGUCUUGAGAAGGAACCUGCACCCGUGUCGGGAACAAAACUGAAGGCCGGCAAGCGGAAGGGAGGCGGGGCAGCGAGCUCGGAGAUGGCUGAUGCGACGGACCUCGGGGAGAAGAUGUACCUUGACGUAAUUGGUGCUCUGGGAAGCCUGAUGAAGAUGAAGGAGCUGUCAGGAAUGCAGUCUCUGAAGCACCUUCCUCAGGAAGAGAGGGAAAAAGCGGGACUGCAGAGACGGAAGGACCUGGAGCUGCUGUACAAUAAGAUCAGGAACCUCAAGAGUCGCCUGGAAAGAAAAGAAGAAAUGCUGAAAGAUUACGAGGCCAGCGUGGAGCAGCUCAGGUACCGAAAGGCAAGCCUGAACCAAGAAUCCCUGCGAAGGUGCCAGGAGGAGAUGUCCAAGCUAGAAGAUGAAGCCUACAGGGAGGCAGAAGAGAAGGCUCUGCUGAAAGAGGCUCUGGAGAGGACGCAGCUCCAGCUGAGCCAGGAGAAGAGGCUGCUGCGGGCGGCCAAACUGCACAAGCCUGGAGCCAAGAAGCCUUUCUGCUCGGGAAAGCUGAAGGCCAAAGAGCGCAUGGCAGAAGCUGUCAAGACGGGAAGCACAUAG